AUAUAUAGAUAAAUAUUAACAUUUAAUUUGUUUUGUUUUGUAAAUGAUACGUUUAUUAAUUCGUUAUUGAGGUUAGGUUUAUUAAUAUUAUUGAUACUUGAAAUAUUUUACUUCGUGUUCAUUUAUUCUUCCAAUUGUUAUCGGGUGUGUGUAUAUGACAAGCAGAUUAAGAAGACAAAUUAAAGUGUUGAGUUUAGUUACAACUUAUAUAUGGUAAGAAUGAAUAAAAAACCUAAUAGUGCGACAGCUCGCUUAAAGCAGGAUUACUUACGUCUUAAAAAAGAUCCUGUGCCAUAUGUUCUUGCUGAACCAGUACCUUCUAACAUAUUAGAAUGGCAUUACGUUGUCAAAGGACCAGAAAAGACACCUUACGAGGGAGGAUUUUAUCAUGGAAAACUUAUAUUUCCUGGAGAAUUUCCAUUUCAACCUCCUAGCAUUUACAUGACUACUCCUAAUGGUAGAUUCAAAGUUAAUACGAAACUUUGUCUAUCCAACACUGAUUUUCAUCCAGAUACAUGGAAUCCUGCUUGGAGCGUGUCUACUAUUCUAACAGGACUUCUUAGUUUUAUGAUUGAAAAGAGUCCAACCUUUGGCAGUAUUAAUACGACAGAUUAUGAAAAGAGAGAACUGGCUAGGCAAAGCUUGGAAUAUAAUCUACGUGACAAAAUGUUUUGUGAAUUAUUUCCUGAAACUGUUGAAGUCAUCAAAGCUGAAUUAGAACAUAGAAAAGAAUUGGAAAAGCAAGCAAGGCAUCAGUCUACCGCAGCAGAAGUUUCUUCCUUAAUACGAGAUCAACUACAAAGAGAACAAAGUCCGUUACACGGUGCAAUUACUAAUCUCGUUGUUCUUGUUGGUUUCGCAGCAUUUGCUCUUAUAGUUAAAUAUGUAUUAAGGAGUAUUGCAACAGAAUAUACUAAAAGUGAGUAGAGAUAUUAAGAUAUGAAAAAGAAGAAGAAAACAAAAGGAAUUUUUUGUAAAAAAAAAAAAGAUAAUAAUGAAGACGGUACGAACGGAUCUACCGAUGCACACAUUUUUUUUUUUUUUUUUUUUUUACUUAAGGCUUCUCAAGACAGACGAUGAUUUUGUAUUAAUAAUACUGAAUUGUUAAGACGUUAGAAAUAUCUCUUACUUUUUUUUUUUUCUUUUCUUUUCUUUUUUUUAUACCUUUGGUUUGUCAUGCAAUUGUACUUUCUUCCAAAUAAUUUGUCUUCGACUUUUAACAAAGUGAAAACAUAUUUUAACUGCCUAAAAAUCUUUAUAUAUAUAUAUAUAUUGCAUCUUUAUAUAAUGUAUUGUUAAAGUUAUGUUUAACAGAUGAUCUACGAAAAAUUUGAAAUAAAUUUUCAAUAAGUACUUACAUAUAUAUUUCCAAUGAUGAUUUUACAAUUGAAAAUAUUGAAAAGCCUUAAGAAAAAGAAAGAAAAUUAGCCGAUAAUGUAAGCUACAUUGACUUGCCUAUUUGAUCUAUGCCGAAUUUGUGUGUGGAAACCUUCAUUAAUCUUUGAUCGAUGUUAGUCAUGGACAUUUGAUAGAUGUUUAUAUCAGGGGUAAUUGUAAGAUCCAAAAUGUAUUAUAACAUCCAUUAUUUUUAACAAUGUUAAUUGUGAUUUAUCUGUAACAACAGUCUUUCUACAUUGACGUAAGAGAAGUCAUUUAGAAUAUGAAAUAUUGUUAAUCGUUACAAUUUUGUAACAUUUAACGAACAUCCACAUUUUGUAUUUUUAAUAUUAUUAUUAUUAUUAUUAUUUAAACUUCCAAAGUAUAGUUUAUCAAUGAUCGAAUCGAAUCGAAUCGAAUUUUGAACAGAAAAUCAUCCAAUUUAUAAUCAUAAAGACUUCCUAUGUUCGAUGAAGUUAAUUUGAAAAAAAAAAAGAAAAAUUGUUUAUAUUCUUUACAUCAAUUUUGACAAACCAAAUUUUGUCAUCUGCUCGUCGAUAGAAGCAUUCAUUUGAAUGAUUGUUAAAUUUAAGUAUAUACAUUAGAAAUCUUAUAUAAUAAAGUGAACGAAGAGAAGAAGUGCACAAAUUUCAUUGAUCGAACAAUCUUUGCCUCUUCGAUGUGUGCCAAUAUAUA